AUGGAAAAGAAGCUUUUGGGUGUUAUCUAUGCAGUACAGUUAUGGGAUCUCAAUUAUGAUAAUCCAGUUAAUGAAGAUCUCAUUAAACAAAUCCAUGUUUUACGUGGAAAGAUUCAGGCGAAACUUAAACUGACUGAUAGAGAAAAUUAUGCAAUGUGCGCUGCCGCACAAUGUGAUGCUCGUGCACAUCUUAUUGUGAUUAAGAAAGUCGAUUAUAAAGAGAUCAUAACGAAAAUAAACGAAAAAAUUGAGGGAUCAGAAGGAAAAAUGUUGGAAUAUCGUGAAGAUAAUGGAAAAUAUUCUACAUUUGAAAGUGUUGAACAAAUAGAAGGAAAAGAUUUAGUAGAAAUGCGUGUAGCGGAAGAUAAUAAAUUGGAAAUUUCACCUGAAGGAGAAGAUGGUCUAGUAAAUUUAGUUGAACAUCGCAGCAGUGAUGUUGAGAGAAAACCAGGAUAUGCACAUCAUGAUUUUUGUUUGAACCCAAAAGAAAAAGCACGUGAAAUAGCCUCGUCAACAAAGCAAAAGAAACAUAUUACUUUUCCGUGUGAUAUACCGAAAUAUCCUCCACCUAUGGUUCAGUUAUUACAAACAGUUGGUGGUUACGAUUUGGUCAAACCACAGUUUCUUAAAAAUUUGUCACAGCGAAUUCGCAAUUGUCGAUAUGAGAGAUCUGCCCAAGGCAAAGCAAAUCAAAAACAUAAACUAAGUAGAAAAAAAGCUAAACGAAAAGUUGCUAAAGAAGAGAAAGCGACAACUGAACAGACAGAGUCGACUAUUACAACAAAUUGUUUAGAAAAUCCUGUUAUUCAAGAUGAUCGAGUUAUUCUAUCACUAAAUGCUUCUGUGUCUCAUCCAUUAUUAAGUGAAAGUGAAUUACAAUCUUUCUAUUCAAUGAAUUUCGGGGUCAAUGAUACCCAGAUUGAAACAAAUGCUGAUCGUUCAAUUAUCGAAAAUAUGAAUGAAAAUAAAGAAAAUGAAAGUUCAUCAAAAUUAACAGCAUCAUAUAAGCCUCGCGUAACAAACUCAUCAAUUAUUUUGGGUGCUCGUCGUCAUGCUGAAAAUGCAAAAUUAUUUGCAGAUAUGGGUUCAUCAUCAUCAAAUGCACAAUAUAUUAGAAAUGAACACGAUUAUCGUAGUGUAUCAUCAACUGUAGAACACGAAUUAUGCGUUUUCUUGCGAAAUUUCCGCCAACACUGGUAUCGUUAUCAUGUGAUUGAUAAGGUAGAUGAAUUAGAAGAAAAUGCACCCCAACGAGCAAUUCCAACAGCUGGUUUAAUGAAUGAUGAAAUGACAUUUUUUGGCGAAGCCAUUGGAGGUCACUCUCAUCCAACACACAAUGAUUCACUACAAAAACUAGAAAAACAAAUAAUUUAUAUGUUAAUAGCAUUACAAGUAACUCAUUAUGUUUCGGAUACAUGUGUUAAUUAUGUGGCCGAAUCAUUAUCGAAAAUUUUUGAUGUAGCACAUAUAACUCGAGUUGUUCGAAAACAACAGCACGAUAAUAUAGUAAAAGAAGUAACCGUUCGAUUCACGUACAUUCCAUUUUUGAUGAAUUUAAAAAAUUUUUUACAAUUACGCAAAGUGCAGCAUGAUUUGAAUAAACAAAUUGUACCACCAAAUCCAAACUUAAUACAAGACUAUCAUGAUGGAGAAUUUUCCCGACAACAUCCAUAUUAUAAACAUCAAAAAUAUUUAAAAAUUGAAUUGAAUAGCGAUGACAUCAAUCUUAGCAAUCCAGUCAGUCAUAGAUCAUACAAAAUGCUCCUUUAUUAUUGGUCGUUAUUAAAUUUAUCUAGAGAAGUUCGUUCAAAACAAACUGCUAAACGUUUAGUGGCUUGUUGUCCGUCUUGGCUAUCCGACUAUGAUGGUUUAUAUCAUACAAUAGACGAUUUUUUAAGUGGAAUACAAACAUUAGAAAAAGAGGGUAUACAAGUAACUGUAGAUGGAACUGAUCAACGUUAUUUUGGUGGACUGUUUUUUACCAUUGGAGAUUAUCUUGCUCAAACAAGCAUGCAUGGUUUCAAGGAAAGCGUUUCUGCAAAACACUUUUGUCCACUUUGUAACGUUACACUCGAUGGACUCGAACCGGACAUUGAUUUACCCUUAAAUUGUAUUACUAUCGAUGAAUAUCGAAGGAGGUUGCUUUGUUACAAGUUCUGUGAUGUAGUUAAUAAUCUGCAAUAUGAUAACCAUGAAAAGCAAUCAAAACCACAUAUGGACAUGCAUACUACGGCGUUUAGUAAACGUGAUGAUGUACCACUAACAUCUGCACAAACGUUGAAUUUAUUGGUAAAUUUACCCUUUAUUUUACACAAAUUAUUACGAAAUUCACAAUUCGAUGCGUAUACCGCAAUAUUAUCACUGGUGGACAUUGUAAACUUAUGCUUUGCUACAGAUAUUCAAUCGAAUACACAUACAACAUUAGUAAAAUUAAUUCGUUUCCACAAUGUUGAGUUUCGAAAAUUAUACCCAGGAAAAAUUAAACCAAAAUUUCAUUUUAUGAAAUAUUUACCAUUUCAAAUGUUCUUGUUUGGCCCUUUGCGUUAUACAAAUUGUUUUGGCCUCGAAAGAAAACAUCAGUUUUUUAAAGGCAACAAGAUACGUAAUUUUUUAAAUCCUGAGGUAACAUUAUCAAGGAGACAUGCGUUUUGGACAUGUUUGGUUGAUCACAACAGUGACGGUUCUUUAUGCGAAAAUGUUCUUGGUCAUCCAUUUAAAUAUGUAUUAGCUGGUGAAACAUCAAAUGAUAUUGUCUUAAAAUUUAAUUUAGUUAAUACAAAUAAUCCGUUACCAUUUGUUCCAAAAGCUGUUUAUAAAUUCAUCAGAUUAAACAGUAUUGAAUAUCAACAACACACAGUUGCUGGUACUACAAAAUUAGAUGAAAAUCCAAAAUUUGGUGAAAUUUGUUACAUUAUAUCUAAUGCCAGUGAUGACAUUUACUUUAUCUAUAAUAUGUUUAUCACAGAAGAAUAUUCAUUUGCCUUACGUGCGCAUAAAGUAAAACAAACAAAUGGUUUAACGUUAAAAUUGUAUGAGGAUAUACAAAAUAAGUGGCCAGUUAAAUUGACAAAAGUCCAAACAACGACAUGGGCACGUGUAUGGACGGUUGUUUCAUGCGAUGAAUUGAAAAUGACAAUUUUUUUUGGUUAUUGUUAUUUUUUUCUAACUUUUAAUAAAUAUAUGAUAUAA